AUGACUGAGGAAACUGUGUUACGUAUUACGAAUGGAUCACCAACUCCAACCUUUGCGGAAAAAGUGAAGGUACGUCAAACAUUACAGCCUACGGCUGUUGAUGUUAGUAGUCUGCCAAAUCCCACGUUAAUUAAUGGAGAACCAUCUUUGGUAAUCCCUACCGAUUUUUACCAGGAAGGUUGUAAGCCUUUUGAGUUUAGCUUUAUUGCAAGACUCAACUUCAAGGGUUUGAAUUUUUUGGAGAUGAAUAACAAUUUGGUUACUCAAUGGCAGCUAAACCCUAACUCAGUUAGGUUUAUGUCUAUGAGUAAGGGUUUAUUUGUAAUUAUGUUGCGUGAUGAGCAAACAAAAGCCAGAAUCCGUAACAGGAAAUGGUUUUUUAAUCAACAAGAGCUACGUUUGAUGGAUUGGUACCCUGGUUUCGAUCCUGAAAGACAAAAUACUUCCCAUGCACCUGUUUGGGUUCAUCUCCCGGGUCUUCAUGCAGAGUUAUGGACUGAGAGAUCUUUGUUAUCCAUUGGGAAAGCAGUUGGUAAUCCGAUCGUAGUUGAUCAAAGAACAUUGAAUAUGGAGUUUGGAAGCUAUGCAUCAGUGCUGGUUGAUGUAGAUUUUGUAAAACACAUUCCUGACAGAAUUCUACUAACAGCUGGUGGGAGAACUUUCUGGCAAUAUGUGGAGAUACCUAAGCAUCCAAAAUUCUGUUUGCAUUGUAACAUUAUUGGACACAAUGAGAGUGAGUGCAGGAGGAAACCAAAGUCUGGUGAAUCUGUCAAGGAGAUGGAGGAUACUCAAGACUGGAAAGAAGCUAAAGGUAAGAAGCGAUCACGCAAUCGUAAGAAGAAUAACAAUCAAGAAGCAAAAAAAAAAAAUGACAAGUCAGGUGUUGACAAGUCAGGCGAAACUGGUGAAGUUGCAAACACUAGUGCGGGGGAAACUGUUAAUGCGCCUGGUGCGGGUAAAGAUUUUAACAUACCUGUUGCUGUCGGGGAGAAUGUUGCUGGUAAGGAGGAUACUAGUCAGCUUGAAGAGGUGAUGGCUGCUUCUGAAGCUCAGCUUCGUGCAGCGUCUGACGCCGUUGAGACAGCUAAACAGGCGCUUGCUCCGAAAAGAGCACUAGCUAACAUAUUGAUGGUAGAUGAAACCACAAUUGCAGCUAAGUCAGGAAAGAGUGAUGAAUUGGCGAGAACUAAUCACUCUAGUACUGAUAGGAACCAGGCCAACUCUUCUACUUCCUUUAUACCUAUUCAAGAUGCAGUGGCUCAUAGUAUUGCGGAGACACCUAUCCGCAAUGCUUUGGCGGAUAAUACUGUGGUUAUCUCAUUGAAUAAAUUUGAUGUUUUGACAGCUGAGUUGGGGCUAGCCAACACAGUGCAACCAUCUAAUCAAGAGGAGGAGAGUUCGGAUGAGGAACUCACGCCAGAGAAGGCAUCAGCAGGUGUCAAGGGAGCCAAAUGGUCUGAGAUUCCAGUUGAGAAAGUUGUGCCUAAGCAAACUAGGAAGCCUGGUCGUGUGCCAAUUCAGACUAGUUCACAAAGUUAUACUCAAAACAAAUCUCCAGAAUCCAAGUAUGACUCGGACUCUGAGGUUAAUGAUUUGGGAAUCAGAGUUAGCAAAGGUUUCUCUCCAGUUAUUGAGAAAAGGGUUCCGACUAAGAAUCCUAAGAUAUCUUCUAAACCAAAAAAGACAGUUUCCUAA